UAAGACAGGCGCGUGUGCGGACUCCUGCCGCGGGGUCCUUCAGUAACGCUGUAGAGUAAAGAUGGCUACAAUGCUGCAGUUUCCUUCCAGCGUUUCUACUUUAAACGAUUAUAAUGCUUUAUAUCCUGACUGGACGCAGAGAGAAGUCAGCACCGGGACCACCAUCAUGGCGGUGGAGUUUGACGGAGGAGUGGUGAUGGGCGCUGACUCCCGCACCACCACCGGCGCUUACAUCGCCAACCGCGUGACGGAUAAACUCACCCCCAUCCACGAGCGGAUCUUCUGCUGCCGCUCCGGCUCGGCGGCGGACACGCAGGCCAUCGCUGACGCCGUCACCUACCAGCUGGGCUUCCACAGCAUCGAGCUGGACGAGGCUCCUCUGGUGCAGACCGCGGCCAGUCUGUUCCGGGACAUGUGCUACCGCUACAGAGAGGAGCUGAUGGCCGGGAUCAUCGUGGCCGGGUGGGACAGACGGAGGGGUGGACAGGUGUACACGGUGCCGGUCGGAGGGAUGAUGACCAGACAGCCGGUGUCGGUCGGAGGAUCCGGCAGCAGCUACAUCUACGGAUUCGUGGAUUCAAACUACAAACCUGCUAUGAGCAAAGAGGAGUGUCUCAAAUUCACUGCAGAAGCGCUGACUCUGGCCAUGGAGAGGGACGGCUCCAGCGGGGGAGUGGUCAGACUGGCGGUCAUCUCGGAGCAGGGUGUGGAGAGGCAGGUCAUCCUCGGGAACCAGUUACCCAAGUUCUCCACCGUCUGAACUUCAUCAGAACCUAACAGUGUUCCUCUAGAUGUUCGCCACACAAAGUUCCAAUAAACAAGACUUCAGUCGA